AAAAAUAAAAAGCAAAAAGGAAAAAAACGCUCGAAGAGAAAGAAAAAGAGGGAGAAGAGCAACGAAGACGGACCUGCAAAUUCUGCAGUCUCCACUGACACUUUCGAUCUUUCUCUCUUUUCACCUUCUGAAACCUUCAGUUUAUGGAAGGAGAUAAUCGUCAGAGGUAGCAUUUCCCUAUGCAUCCUAAGCGAUCAAGUCAAGGAGAUGGGUCAGUUACUAAGCCAGUUAGAAGCAGCGAUAGGCUUAGGAGGAGGCCCAAAUUGUAUAAUCGCCCAUACGGCUAUUACUUCACACCAAACACGUUACGUAAUAGGAAACGAAACACAAAGACAAGAACGGCAGCCUCGCAAAUCGCAAAGAUGCUGCAUAAAGGGAACCGUCCAGCACGGGCAUCAAAUGCCACGCCAAUUGCAUCCGACCUCCGGCGUUCCACGAGAAAGAGAAGAAUUUCUGUGAAUCUUGAGGACUAUACUGACAGUUCUGGGGCGGAAGAUGAAGAUAUGAUGAGUCCAGCAUAUCGAACUGUGAGGAGGAGAGGCAAUAAUGGAGUUCAUCAAAAUUUCUCAACUUCAAAAAGUAGAAAGGCCAUGGAAACUGAAUCGACACCACGACGUGAAGGUCUCCGUCCUCGUCGUUCAAAGAUCAUUGCUAAUAAACGACUGAAAACAGAAUCUGGCGCCAAUCAAGAUACAUCAGAAGAGAAAGAUGGCCAAGAUGAAACCGAAAAUGGAAAUGAAUUAGAUGACCAUGAUGCUGAUGAUGGUGAAAAUGAGGUUGAGGGUGAAGACGAGGGUAAUGGUGAAGAUGAGGGUGAUGGCGAAGAUGAGGGAGAAGAAGAAGAUGGUGAUGAUGAUGAAGAGGGUGAUGAAGAACAGGAGGGAAGGAAGAGAUAUGAUCUGCGAAACCGUGCUGAAGUGCGUAGGAUGCCUACAGAAGAAAUGAACAAGCAACAACAAUCUAGAUCUCCUCGGAGAGUGUUGCAUCAAGGCAUGGGCACCAGGGUUGGAAGGGACGUUAGGAGAGGUGGGUCUCGGCUUCACAAGCGCAAUCGCUUUACAAGAACAGAUGAUUCAGAUGACUCUCUUCUUGUGGAUGAGUUGGACCAGGGCCCUGCGAUUCCCUGGGCUCGAGGUGGAAAUAGAUCUGGACCACCUUGGUUAUUUGGGGGUUUGGACACGUACGGGUCAAGUUCAUUGGGAUUGAAUGUUGGAGCUUCUGGUUGGGGUCACCAGAGUGAUGGUUUAGCUGCAUUAACUUCUGGUGCUCAGACUGCUGGGCCAAGCUCUAAAGGAGGUGCAGAUAUUCAGCCACUGCAGAUUAAUGAGAAUAUAAAUUUUGACGACAUUGGUGGGCUGUCCGGAUACAUUAAUGAUUUGAAAGAAAUGGUUUUCUUUCCGUUGCUGUACCCUGAGUUUUUUGCAAGUUACAACAUUACUCCUCCUAGAGGUGUACUGCUGUGUGGUCCUCCAGGCACUGGUAAAACGCUGAUUGCUCGAGCAUUGGCAUGUGCUGCUUCAAAAGCUGGACAGAAAGUUAGCUUUUAUAUGCGAAAGGGUGCUGAUGUCCUUAGCAAGUGGGUUGGUGAGGCUGAGAGACAACUUAAGCUACUCUUUGAGGAGGCUCAGCGUAAUCAGCCUUCGAUAAUCUUUUUUGAUGAAAUUGAUGGCCUUGCUCCUGUUAGAUCUAGCAAACAAGAACAGAUACAUAAUUCUAUUGUUUCAACUUUGCUGGCGCUGAUGGAUGGCCUUGAUUCUCGUGGUCAAGUUGUUCUCAUCGGAGCAACAAACAGGGUAGAUGCAAUAGAUGGAGCACUACGCCGCCCUGGCAGAUUUGAUCGGGAGUUCAAUUUUUCUUUACCAGGCUGCGAAGCACGAGCUGAAAUAUUGGAUAUUCACACUCGUAAAUGGAAGAAUCCUCCUACUAGGGAGCUGAAAGAGGAACUGGCAGCUAGUUGUGUAGGGUAUUGUGGUGCUGAUCUAAAAGCUUUGUGUACUGAAGCUGCCAUUCGUGCUUUUCGUGAGAAAUAUCCACAAGUUUAUACCAGUGAUGAUAAAUUUGCUAUAGAUGUUGGGUUGGUUAAGGUUGAUAAGAAGCACUUUGUAGAGGCAAUGUCAGCUAUUACUCCUGCUGCCCAUAGAGGGUCUGUUGUGCAGUCCAGACCACUCUCUCCGGUUGUAUUGCCAUGUUUACAUCGACACCUCCUUGAAUCCAUGAGUUUAAUAGCAGAUAUUUUUCCCUCGUCAGCCAUGUCGUCAGAGUUGACCAAGCUGUCAAUGCUUUCAUUUGGAUCCGCAAUUCCUCUCGUUUAUCGUCCUCGACUUCUGCUGCUUGGUGGUGAAGGAGUUGGACUGGAUCAUCUUGGGCCUGCUAUUUUACAUGAGCUAGAAAAGUUUCCUAUCCAUUCUCUGGGACUUCCAUCUCUUCUUUCGGAUCCUGGUGCAAAGACCCCGGAGGAGGCGUUAGUACAUAUAUUUAGUGAAGCUAGGAGAACAACACCUUCAAUACUUUACAUACCGAUGUUUAAUAAUUGGUGGGAAAAUGCGCAUGAACAGCUUAGGGCUGUAUUUCUGACUUUGUUAGAAGAGUUGCCAUCAAAUUUACCCAUAUUAUUACUUGCUACAUCUUAUGGUGAAUUAUCUGACAUGGAAGAGCAGUCAGUAUUUGACAAUCGAUCUGUCUACACUGUGGACAAACCAUCAAGAGAAGAUAGGUCUUUGUUCUUUGAACGUUUGAUUGAAGCUGCUCUCUCAGUCAUUUCGGGCUUAAAUGGCAAACCUGAUGGACCACAAUCUCUUCCAGAACUUCCCAAGGUUCCAAAAGCACCUACUGGUCCAAAACCCGCAGAAAUAAAAGCCAAGGUGGAAGCCGAGCAACAUGCCCUUCGUCGAUUGCGUAUGUGUCUCAGAGAUGUUUGCAAUAGGAUACUAUAUGAUAAAAGAUUUAGCGCAUUCCACUUCCCAGUUACUGACGAGGAUGCUCCAAACUAUCGCUCAAUAAUUCAAAAUCCAAUGGAUACGGCUACUCUGCUGCAGCGUGUCGAUGCUGGGCAAUACCUCACAUGUUCACCAUUCUUGCAAGAUGUUGAUCUCAUUGUGAGAAAUGCCAAGGCUUACAAUGGAGAUGAUUACGCAGGAGCGAGAAUUGUCAGUAGAGCCUAUGAGCUUCGAGAUGUGGUGCAUGGGAUGCUGUCGCAGAUGGACCCAGCACUGCUAACAUAUUGUGAUAAGAUCGCAGCACAAGGUGGCCCGUCACAGAUACCAGAUGAUCUGAGUGGGUCUAUCCUUGGUUUAGCUCCCGUGGUGCAGAUGGGGACUGUUACUAGAGCCAGUGCCCGACUUCGAAAUGUGCAGCCAGAGGUUAAUUUAGAUAGAGAUUAUGAAGGUCUUAAAAAGCCCAAGAAAACCGCUGAUGCUAGCUGUACAGAUUCAGCUGCAGACAAAUUACCUCACCAAGAUUCAGGGCAAGAGAUGACAUCUCCGGAAGCAGGCAACUCAAACACAUCAGCUCCUUGUUCAGCAGAAGAAGGUGAUAAAGAAGAUGAAAGCGAGCUGCUGAGAAAAGAGGAGGCUUGUGGGGAAGAAGUGGGUUUAGGUGAUUGUUCCCGAGAUUCUGUUAAGCCAGACGAAGAAACUUCAAGCAGAAUAGAAUCAGUAAAGGGACUGCUCAUGGAGCGUACUGAGAACUACAGCAUUCCGCAGAUGGAGAGGGUUUAUACUCGAAUCAUGAAGGGUGUUUUGGAGACUUUGGACAAAGAUCUUCGUGAUGCUGAUAAAAGCCCUAAGCAUUCAAUUUUGAGAUUUUUGUCGGGAUUCGCUCAGCAUCAGGCGAAUUUCUGAGGCUAAAAUUUUCUUAUAUCGGUCACUAGGUUUAGAUUUGCCAAGGAAAGAAUGAAAGGAACACAAAUUUUAUUUUUUUUUCAAUCCGCAUAUCUCUUUGACUGAAAAAGUUGCAAGAUCAAAAAUUAGAAGUUAGGAUCUUGUAAAGUGUCGAACUUGCACCUUUAAAUCGGAAACAAGCUUAAAAGCCAGCUAAAAAAUAUUUCUCAA